CAAUAUCGUCCAGAAACAACAAUGCCCUAAAACCCUUCCUGUCCCCUUCCGUUCUCCUCCCUUCGAAGCUGGGAAAUCUCUUUCCCGACCACCAAUCUCGAUCCAUCAUCAGUCGUUCAGACCCUUCAUCUCUCAUUUUCUCAUUUGGUCUUUCAGCGUCUUCUUCGGUCAUGUUGGUGUCUAGGGUUUUUUCUCGCGCUUGGAGGGGCGCGUGCCGAAGCGCCUUGCUCCUUCCACCUUCGCUGAACAAGCCCUCGCCCGUUCUCUCCAAUCAAUUUGAUGCGCUUUCGCCCGACACCCCAUGUAAGGCUCUCGUGUUAAAUCAUUCGACAUUUAGUUCUUCGUUGCUUCGUCGGUUUGGAAUUUCUUCCUCUGCAUCACCUGAACCUAGUGAGAAGGAUCAGGGGAGCACUGGGGAAAAGAACGGUGCGUCCACCGAUGCACCUAAAGCGGUUGAAACUAAAGUGCCCAACCAGGCAGGAAAUUCAGGUUCGGAGGGAGACGAGGAGCUCUCUAUGGACGACUUGGUGAAACUUGUGUCAGAAAAGGAAGAACUAUUGAAGAUGAAACAUAAACAGAUAGACGAAAUGCAAGAUAAAGUUCUUCGAACCUAUGCUGAAAUGGAGAACGUCAUGGACAGAACUAGGCGAGAAGCGGAGAAUGCAAAGAAAUAUGCCAUACAGAGUUUUGCGAAAAGCUUGCUGGAUGUUGCAGACAAUUUGGGUAGAGCCUCUUCAGUUGUCAUGGAAAGUUUUGCAAAAAUUGAUGCUUCAAAAGAUACUACUGGAGCUGUUCCGCUUUUGAAAACCCUUCUGGAAGGUGUUGAAAUGACUCAGAAGCAGCUUUUGGAGGUGUUCAAAAAAUCUGGGAUUGAGAAAUAUGAUCCUGUCAAUGAACCAUUCGACCCACAUAGGCACAAUGCAGUAUUCCAAUUGCAAGAUGAUUCGAAACCUCCAGGCACAGUUGCUGUUGUUCUGAAGCCGGGGUACAUGCUAUAUGAGCGAGUUCUUCGUCCUGCUGAGGUUGGCGUAACUCAAGCAGCGGAAAAUGACACCCAAGGAUAAUAAUACAAACUGAGAAAGUCUCUCAAGCAUAAAGAGGUGGCUGGGUUGUGGAAUCCGAAGCCCGACUCCAAGAGCAAUGGCUGUGAACUCGCAUCUUCAUCUUAAAGAGGUCUUGUUCUGUUUGAAAAUUUUGCAUCCGGCAGAGGGGACAAAAAAUUAUAGCAGUUUUCGCACUGGCUGUCGAUAAGAUUUAUCCGAGAAACUACGAAGGGGCAUUUAUUUUGCUUUACCUUAAGUCCUGAUCAGUGACUAAUAAUUAUGUAUCCCGAACUUGUACAUGUGUACAUCGUAUGGCAGGGUUAGCUUUGAACUGAA